UCUAAGGCUAGCUUAUGGAGAAUGAACAAUAUAGAAGUAAUAUCUGAAGAUUCAGAAACAAAUCCGCAGAGCCAACGUGCGCCAGUAGCACCAAGUUCUCCUUUAGAGACCAUUUUUGAAGUAGAUGGUGAUGCGUCAAUUAAAAAAGUUCUGUGGGAACCGAAGAAAGUUCUUACGAAUUUCGCGUCCAUUCAUGAUCAUGCCUUAAAUGUAUGGGCAUUAGGUGAUCAAUUUACAACAGCGAAGUUGUUAAAUACUUUUGAAUUCUCUUCAUCUACUGGGCCUUUGACAACUGGAGCAUGGAAUCCACAUCAACCAGAAAUUGUAAUUGGGAAGGAAC